AUGCGCACGAAGCUGGCGCCCAUGUGGAAGUACUGCUUCGUCCAGUGGCACAUCUACGACGCCGGGGUCGAGGCCACGGAGAAGGGCGUGCCGGUGGCGGUGAUGCUGCGAGACCCAGACCUUCGUGCAGAUGUGGAGACUCUGCGGGUGCUUUGCGACAGUGGCGACCUGGAUAGUGCAUCGACCUCGGAAGAAUGGAUGUGGAAGCUACUGGACCCCCUCCCUGAGCAAGGCACGCUGCCGAGCGAUGAAGUGGCAAAGCUGGUUCAGGACGGCAAAGAGGAGCGUCAUCUUGGGGUCGUUGCUUUCAACGAGGAGCGCUACGACAAGGCACUCUGGCAUUUCUGGCAGGGCCAGAAACUGAUAGCCGCCGCCCCAACCGGUGGCCCUGUCGCAAAGCUUCGCGGGGAGCUGCUCAAGAACCGGUCGGCAGCGGCACUGAAGCUUGGCCUCCCCCGCGGUGCGCUGAGCGCGGCCAACGCAGCGCUGGGCAUCAACCAGGGCGACGAGAAGGCCUGGUUCCGGAAGUCCUGCGCCUUACAGGCCUUGAAUCGCCAGGGAGAGGCCAACCAGGCUUUGGCACGAGCAGGGCUCUCACCGCCUCCGGCCAAGACCGCGGUGAAGAGGACCACGAAGACACCUGCCCUGGCAGACAAGAAGACGACGAAGGUUAAGGAGCUGGAUCCUGCUCUGUCGAGCCUCUUUGAGGACCUGGUCUUCAUCGAGAUCGGUGUGGAUUCUGUGCUGGCGGUCGAUCUCGUGCGACAUCUGCAAGCGGAGCUCCCCGACACCCCUCUCUCGCUGAGCUUGAUCUAUGACUACCCGACCGUGCGGGAGACCAUCAACGUGCUGAUGGGCAAGAUCAACGCAAAGAAGGGCGACUACCUCCGCCGACGCAUGGCCAGCACCGUGUGGAGGGCCCUGUGCGAUGCCCUGGGCAAGGAUCCGCUGAAGCAGCAGCGGCUAAAGCGGUCUCGUCAGCUCUACACGGAGAUCCAGGCGAUGGACAUCCUGAGCGACCUGCAAAAGGCCUACGAGUCACCAGGCUUCGUCAAAGCCGCCUCGGAGAUCGCCAAGCAGUCGGCCUACGACCAGCGGUCCUUCCUCAUGAACCUGAGGUCGAAGGCGAUGGAAGUGCAGCGGCCCAUCCUCAGGCGCCUGGGCCUGGCAACGGACGCGCAGGGCCUCAGAGACCUGGAAGCCGCCUUAGUCAACACGGCGCGGCAGGCGCCGUCAGUGCAGGAGAAGUUGCGGAUGGUCCGGAUGGCCCAGCAGGGUGGGGAGAAUGGAAUGUGGACCAUCAACGUGGAGCAGAACCCCUGGUGGUCCGACAGCAACUCCAUGCAACUGCGUGCUGUCUUCACCAAGUCCGAUCCAUUUGGCGCAGCUCACAUCAACACCAACGCCGUGCCUGUCAAGUGA